UAAGAGACAGACAGUGGUCCGUCCCGCCCCUUCCGGUUUGCUGCAGCGAGGUCCUUCUCCCCUAGUCUGGGAGUCCAGCCUUUCGCUUAACGUUUUGGACCUAGUUUAGAUCUAAUGGACCCAGUUCUCCUCGUCCUCCAGAGCGUCCGCUGCAUCCCAAGGAGAAGGUUCUGGAACAGGCGCUGCAAUGGUGCAAGAUGGCUGACCCAAGCUCCGCCCACCUGCUGGUGAAGAGGCUUCCUACAGGAGAAGGCCUGAACAUCCUGACCUCUUACAGGUGUGACGUCAUGAAGGUGGGGCUGCUGCGCUGCAGGGAGGAGCCUCCCAAGCUGCUGCAGGGGAACCGCUUCCAGGAGAGAACCUUCCAGAUCCGGGACCACAAACUGCUGCUGCUCAAGGACCGGAGGAGCAUCAAGCCAGAGAAGGAGUGGCCCCUGAAAACCAUGAGGAUCUACAUGGGGAUCCGCCGCAAGCUGAAGGCUCCCAGCAGGUACCAGAACCAGGAACAGAACCAGGAACAGAACCAGGAACAGAACUAGAACCAGAACCAGGAACACAACCAG